AUGAAUCAAUCUCUUAUCUAAAUUAAACACUAAAGAAAAGUUUAAUCAGAUCAUAAAAAAUUAUCAAAACCAUUACCUUCUAAUGGAUUUAAAAGGAAUUCCACACUUGUUUAAGAUCGAUCAGUAUUCUAAAAUGAAAGAAUAAACAAAAACCUCAGAAAUCAGACUAAUACUUUUGGUGAGUCCAGUUGCUAUUGUGAUAAUUGUGGUAAAAGAUCUUCUAAUAUGAAGAAAAUAUUUUAGCUUUAUCGAUUUCCUUAAACUAAGUAUCUUUUUUUUAGAAAUAAAUAGCUAAUGGAGAAAACAAAAACAAUAUCGUAGAUUUAGAAGACUAAUAAAUUGUGUAAUCUUUAUUAUCAGAUACAGAAUUGUGAAGAGAAUUAAAACGAAAAAGAAAUUCACUAUUAAAAAGGUAUUAACUAAAUAAACUGUCAAUGAAUAAUAAUAAAAAGCAUCAACUAUUUAGAAUGCAAUUUAGGAACUGAAGUAAAUAACUAGAGUGGAUUCAAGUCAAUAAUCAAAGAGAAUGAAAACGAAAAGUAAAGAUUAAAAGAAUUCAUACUCUUCGUUACUUAAAGGUAGAAGGAAUUUAAGAUAAUUAUUUGUUAUUCCAUAAUUUGAGAGUCCAAUCAAAUAAUUUAUAAUAAAAUAUUCGAAACCUAAUACUGUUCAUAACUCUCCGAUGUAAUCAUUAUAUGAUUUCAAAAUUUCCUCUUCUUUUAGAGGAGUAUGA